CCCCAGGACUACAACAUAAACGACACAUCAGGGUGAAAUGCAUAACGACGCAGUCACAGACAAACGUUCUGUUGAAUGUUAGGUCGUCAUGGCCAAUGCGCACAUCGACAUAUUUUUUUGGCACAAAUAGAAUCCCAUAGAAACGCUGCCAACGUAGGCACGAGUCACUUCCUUUUCGUGCGCAUCACUGCGCUGGAAAGCGUACAAAGCCCGCUGUAAGCGUUGUAGUGGGAGGCUGCUGGCGAAGUCAUACAAGCUUGAUUUUACGUGCGUGACGCUGCUAUCGGAAACGUAACAGCACUGUACACUUUGUGCUUUAACCACUGUUGAAAACAUCGGUCUCUGAGCUUAAACAAUCGGUGUCUUAUUGCUCGAUUAAAGUAUCAAAGUGAACGAUGGGGGGGCAGGUUUCUAUCGAAGGCGAUGUCCACGUUGUUGUUGUUGGCGGUGGUUUCGGGGGUAUAGCCGCCGGACAGCACCUGAAGUCCAUGGGCAUCCCCUUCACGCUCAUCGAUGUGCGAGACGCUUUCCACCACAACAUAGCGGCUCUGCGAGCUUCGGUCCAGAGCGGUUUUGCCCAGCAGACAUUCAUUCCCUAUUCGGCAACUUUUGGAAGUAGCUUCCGUCAGGGACUGGUGAAGCAAGUGAACACCGAUACUCGCGUAGUCGUACUGGAUGGAGAACAGGAAAUUCCAUUCACCCACUUGAUCCUGUGCACUGGUACUGAUGGUCCCUUUCCUGGGAGCGCCACUGCAGAGCCGUCCUACCACACGGCCAUUCAGAAGUACGAGGACCUGGUCAAGGAAAUUCAGGCUGCAGGCUCUGUGCUGGUGGUUGGGGGCGGGUCUACAGGUUUGGAGAUGGCUGCUGAAGUCAAGACUGAAUAUCCCGAUAAAAAGGUGGUUCUGAUUCACUCCCAAAUGGAUCUGGGUGACCAAAAGCUGCUACCUUGUGUAAGACAGCAGGCCAAGGAAGUUCUGUUGGAGAAAGGAGUGGAGCUGGUACUGGGAGAGAAAGUGUUGAAUCUUUCUGACCUGCAAUUGAACAAAACCCAGAAGGAUAUGAAAAUCCUGACUGACAAAGGGACAAUGCUCACAAGUGACGUUGUCAUUUGCUGCACGGGGAGCAAGAUCAACACCAAAGCUUACAGAUCCACACUAGGUGAGUUUAUGACAGAAAAUGGGAGCCUCAGAGUUAACGAGCACCUGCAGCUGGUGGGCUUCAGCAACCUCUAUGUGAUUGGAGACUGUGCAGACAUCAAUGAGUCCAAGAUGGCGUACCACGCGGGCUUGCACGCGCGUGUGGCUGUCAACAACAUCGUCAACAGCCUGACCGGCAAGCCGCUCACUACCUACCAGCCAGGCAGCAUGACUAUGCUGAUGGCCAUGGGCCACAACGAUGGCGUCGGCCAAAUCUACGGCUUCUGGCUGCCCCGCUUCCUGGUGGCCCUAGUCAAGAGCAAAGGCCUACUGCUGUGGAAGAGCUGGUACGAAAUGGGCCAGAAGGCCCCUACAGUCUGACAGCGGUCAGGCUCACAUGCUGCUGUCCUUUAUCAUGGGAAUCCAAGAUAUCUACAACAGGGGUCUCAAACUCAAAUUAUAUGGGGGUCCCGUGAGCACUGAAGGAGAUGACACUGAACAUGGCCAUCCGACAGCCUGGAUCUGCAUUUUGAUUUACUGAAGUUUAAAUUUUUGUUGCUUCACAAUUCUAGCAUGAAAGACUGUAACUCUUUCAGAAAUUGUGCAAUCAUGUCGGUUUCUGUAUGCAUUUUAAACUGAAGUCAAGGCUGCACUAAGUCUCAAAGCUCAAUAUGAAGUAUGCUCAUUGGCAUUAUCAGGGUAUGAUUAAAAUGUUUCAAGUACUGA